AUGACGGUUCCCAAUGGCGCCACGCCCGAGCGAUAUGGCGACACGAAGAAAGGCGCCGCCACCAAGCCCAGACUCAUCCGCAAGCUGGGCUGCUUGGAGCUCUACCAGGCAUCGCUGCACGCCCUGGACAUGUACCGCGGCACCAGCAUUGCGUGUACGUACUGCAUUCCCGGAAGGCUCGCCUCGUCGGGCCAGCAAGAGGAGCUCGAGGAGGCGUUGCACUCGGCCGUGGCGCGCACGGUUCUGCAGCAUCCGGUGCUGCAGGUCGGCAUCUACAGGGAGGCAUCGCGCAAGCCGGCGUACCUGCAGCUCGACACGGUGGAUCUGAGGCAGCAUGUGGAGUGGAGGACGGUGGAAUCCGAGGAUGAGCUCGAGGCGAUGGCUCGCGAAACGCUCAUCGCGCAGAUCGACACCAAGUUUGAAGACCUGGAGGUGCGUCCGGCGUGGCGCAUCGCGGUCCUCCGGCGGCGGGACUCGCGGGCGCUUGAGGUGAAUUUCGUCUGGCAUCACGCGCUGGCGGACGGCAUGAGCGGCAAAAUGUUUCACGAAACGCUCCUGCGUCAUCUCACGAGCGUCGUCGGCGACGGCCCCAUGAUACCACCAGACGAGAGCCGCAUCCUCGACGUCUCCAACUCGGCAAGACGCUUCCCGCCACCGAUGGAGAAGAUGGUCAAGUACCCCGUCUCGGUCGGUUACACGCUCUCCACGCUCUGGCAGGAUGUCCGACCACAGAUGGCUGGCUCUGCGAGGCAUCAGGUGCUCGCGCACUGGGCGCCGCUGCGACUCACGCCGCCCAAGACGGACAUCCGCCGCGUACGGCUCAGCAACGAGAGGCUGCGCGUCGUCCUUGCCGCGUGCCGACGGCAUAGCACGACGCUCACGGGUCUGCUCCACGGCAUCGUCGCCGUGGCGCUCUCUUCGCUGCUAAGCAAAGGCCGGGCGGCCGGCUUCCUCGCCAAGACGGCGAUGAACAUGCGAGUGGCCACACCGGCGUCGGCCAGCCUCAUACCAAAGGAGACGAUGGCGGACAUUGUGUCGGUCGUGGGUCACACAUAUGACCUGAAAACUACGGCUGGCAUCCGCAGCAAGAUUGAGGCGGCGGCGACGCAGGCCUCGGAAAAGGGCAGGCAAGUGACGCUUGCGGAGGUGGUUUGGUCGUCUGCGACUGCAGCCCGGGCAGACAUCAAGAAGGCUCUCGACAAGGGGGUCAAGGACAACAUCAUUGGCGUCAUGGGCUUCGUUCCAGACUGGCGGGACCACGGCCGAAGCGUGGCGAAGAAACCGCGAGAGUCAUCUUGGGUGAUCACGAACCUGGGUGUCAUUGAGCGAGGGGUUUCGGAUGCACAAGAAGGGGAAGGGUGCGAUGACGGGGGCAAGUGGCACAUCGAGGGGGCAUCAUUCUCGAUCAACGCGCAGUCAACAGGAGCGGCGAUUUCGCUUUGUGUGAUUGCGGUCGAGCGGGGAGACCUGGUGCUGGAUGUUUGCUGGCAGCGGGAUGUAAUAGACAGCAUGGUAGCAGAGGGCGUGGCUCAGGUCAUCGAGGACUGGCUGACAUACUUUGGCACAGACAGGCCGACAACAUGA